GUCGAGGUCCUCAGCAACGGUUCGUACAAGAGCGUGGUGCACAGAGCCUCCCUUCGUUCGGGGAAACGAGGAUAUCGAUUGCCAUCUUGCAUAGUAUUGGAAAUGGAUGAAAAAAAUUGGCGGUUGCUAAGGAGCUUGUUGGUGAUGAAGGACGGGAGAGGUAUAGAGAGACCAGCUUCAGAGACUUUCUGGGUUCAUUGUCGAAGAAUGACAUCGGUACGAAAGAGUACAAGAGCUUUAUCAAUAUCGAUACGUUGA